AUGUCAAUCUUUGUCAGUGGAGCUACGGGGUUUAUUGCCCAAAAUAUUGUCAAGCAAUUGCUACAAGCCAACUACAAGGUAAUUGGAUCCGUUAGAAGCACUGAAAAGGGUGAGACAUUGAGUAACAACAUUAAAGGAUCCCAGUUACCGGUGGGGAACUUCAAGUACGAAGUGGUGAAGGACAUUGCAGCGGAUGGAGCGUUUGACAAUGCAUUGGAUUUACACCCAGAGGUUGAAGUGUUUAUCCACACCGCCUCCCCAGUCAAAUUUGAUGUUGAAGAUAUAAAGAGGGACCUCCUUGACCCAGCGAUUUAUGGAACAACCAAUGCACUUAAAGCAAUACAAAAGCAUGGGAAAAAUAUAAGAAAGGUUGUUGUCACUUCAUCUUUAGCUGCUGUCGCUGGAAGUAGAACCGUUCUCAAAGAGGGAGAGCUGGUUACAGAGCAAAAUUGGAAUCCGGUCACUUGGGAAGAGUCCUUGCACGAAGUCAGCGAUGGAUAUGCAGGCUCCAAGAAGUUUGCCGAGGAAACCGUGUGGAAAUUUGUCAAAGAUGAGAGCCCAAAGUUCACAGUGACAACUAUUUUGCCAGGCGUUGUUUUUGGACCACAAGCGUUCCCUGAUUUUGAUAGAGAUGGCCUUAACUAUUCUUCACAGGUGAUCAAUGAGUUGUUAAAGUUGAAACCAAGCGAUAAGAUUCCUCAAGAAGCGGGUUUAUUUGUUGAUGUCAGAGAUUGCGCCAAAGCUCAUAUCGUGGCCUUCGUUAAAGAAGAUGCAGCAAACAAAAGAUUAUUUGCUGUUGCUGGAAGGUACAACAACCAAGAGGUGGUUGAUAUCAUCAGGUCUAAUUUUGAUGAAUUGGAUCAGAUUUUGCCAAAAGGUAAUCCCGAAGAUGCAAAGAAGUAUUCGCCAAGACUGAAUAGGUACGAUCAAAGUGUUACCAGAAGUGUAUUGGAUUACAAGUUUAUUGGAUUGGAAAAGUCGGUCGUUGAUACAGUAGCUCAACUCUUAGAUUAG